ACUAUUAUUCUCCGACACGUGUCACAUGCAUGCGUUCACAGCUGUGCGUCUACGGGAAAUAUCAAUACCAAGUAUUUCAUUUUCUCAUCCUCUGAUCGUGGGCUAUGCACGUUAAGAAAGUGGCGCCAUGCAAUGUGUACGUUAAUCAGGGAUUCCUAACUAAUCGUCUGCCGUUUUUGCUGAUGCCCGCUUCGACGUUUCCAUUCUAAUAAAACACUAAACAAAAAGUUUAGGACUCAGAAGGAUCAGGCCUUAUUCUCCUUAAACACAAUCGUCUUCAAACUUGUUUAAUACUAUAAUAGAGUCAUCACUGAAUGGCAGACCAGAUGUCAUCGAUGAUGGAUUAUGAAUACCAUGACUACGAAGACGAAUACACGCCACUCGACGGCAGCGGUGAUCGACGAAAGACGUUCAAAAAGAAGAAACUAUCGUCGUCGUCAAAGAAAACAUCCCGUCUCCCUCCGCCGUCGGAGACCACCUACCGGGGAAAGAAUUACGGACCGAACUCGUACAAGGAGCGGGGAUGUUGCGCUUGUCUCUGUCGCUGUUUCUCUUGCUGGACCCUUAUAAUUAUUUUAGCCAUGCUAUGGACGACGUGGUUGACCCUGUGGUUGACGACCACGUACUUGCUGGGACCGUCCACGCCCUCGUCGUCGACACCUGGAGCUGGUGGUGGUGAUGGAGAUGGUAGUGAUGGUGGAGGACUGGGAGGAACGGAUGGGGUAGCUUACAUGGUGAAGGUUCCUUACGAGAUAGCGAGUAAGACGGGAGCGUUCUGCCUAGAUGGAAGUCCACCAGCCUAUUACAUCCGCAUGGGUGAGCAUUCCGGUACCGAUGCUUGGAUACUCCAUCUCCCGGAUGGUCAAUGGUGUUACAACGCCACCAACUGCUACCAGCGUAGCCUUACCCCUCUCGGAUCGUCUUCCAAUAUACCAGAAGUAAUUCCCACCCCCGGAUUACUGUCUUCCGACCCUCAGGUUAAUCCCGAUUUCUACAACUGGAACAUGGUCCAGUUCCAUUACUGCGACGGUGCCUCUUUUUCAAGUAAUUCCCCGUACGAAUUGAGUAUUUCAGAUGACAGUGUCAUCUACCAAAGAGGAUCAGCUGUCUUGGAAUCUAUCAUCAAUAUCCUGCUUAAUAAGACUUCUUUUGGUGAAGCAAAGAGGAUAAUCUUCUCUGGAACCGGUUCUGGUGGUAUCGGUGUGUUUUACCAGGCGGACCGAGUAAAGUCCCUGUUACCACCCACCGCUACCUACCACGCCCUUGCUGACUCCGCCUUUUACACCGACAGUGUCAACAGGUCAGCAUACGUGCAUAUCAGGAUACAGUUUCAAAGACUCUUUAAUCUACACCACAUGUUAGAGAGUCUCGAUUCGGAUUGCACGCAGACAAAGGUAUUGGCUGAACCUGGCAGUGGGUGGAAGUGCAUGUUUCCAGAAUAUGCCACCAAGUACAUCCAGACACCCCUCUUCAUAGCAAACUCCAAGUAUGAUCCCUGGUCCAUCUGGAAUAUCCUUAGCAUGAGAUGCUACCCCCAGGACUGCCCAGAACUUUCCCCGCUGAUGGAGCGCUUCGGUGCCGACGUCUCCUCUAAGAUCCAAGCAGCGGGUAUGCCUGACGCGGACGGUUUCUUCGUAACGUCAUGUUACACCGGUGAUCUGAUUGGCCAAGGCUGGGAUCAGGUGUCCCUUGAAGGGACUGACGUCAUGGUUCGGGAUGCCUUUUCUACGUGGUACCUGAGACGCACCAGUGAGGAAGGAGGGGAACAGAAGAGAUCGGGAGACCGCGAGCGUGCCGUAAACAGCACCGUAUCGACGCCGGCGAACGUCGUCGCUUCUGAAGAGGGUCUUAACGUCACCGUGACGGUACCACCGACCUUACCGAAAGAUUACAGGUUCAUUGAUUGCGCCAGUAGUAUGAUGUGUAAUUCACAGUGUAAUUGGAGUAGGGAUCUUUUCAAGUUAGUAGCAGACCGCCUUCAAGCCAUGGAUGAUUUUUACAUCCCAGUCAAUCAUUGAACAAAUUAUAUUACAAAAUUUAAAGAAUGUAGCAACGUCUUCCAAUCACCAAUGAGCUAUGAGAAAUCGCUUAACAUCGUAGUUGAAUAUUUGAUUUAGUAGGUUCAUGGAUCUGGUUGGUUUGAUACGAUACUAAAGAUCCUGAGGAUAAAGACUGAAAUGGUGGUGAGCAUGCAUUCGUGUUAGGCAUAUACCACGUAAAUGAGGUAUAUAGUUGUACUUUUAAAAAUGAAUAAUAAUCGAAAAUCAGCACUUAAAUGUACCCUGUAUCUGCUCGGUUUCCGUAUUGUGAAGAUAAAAUAGAGCAAUGAUAACUACAAUAGCUUUAUAAUCUCGGUAAUAAUGAUUUUGUAUUCGACCAAGAAAUGCAAGAAAGAUUUACGCAACAUUUUUUUUAAUGUAAUAGAUGCAUGAAGUCUUCCAGUAAAAGCAAAUGAUAAUUUGAAUUUGAUCAUACUUGAUAUUAGAUGAAAUAUAGGGAUAUAUAUUUGUCACAAAUUUUAUCGAAAAGCGGCUUAAAAAUAAUGAGCGAUUGAGAGUUUUGAAAAGAAUUAAUUAAGGCAUUAUGAUUUCUAGUUUCAUCAGCUGCGCCCGUAUCCCAUAAGCUAAUGGUAUUAUGAGGAGCGUUUCAUGAGCAUUUUUGUCCGACAAGCAUUUUGAUUGGCUGAGAAGCACUGUUACCAUGGUAACUGUCGGAUAAAACGUCCUACAAAGUCCAUUCAUGAAACGCUGCCAAGACCGGAGUUGGUGAAAUCAAAAUAGUCAAACUCGACUCUAAAAUUAAAAACAAAGAAUUUUCAGAAAUGUUUUGCCAAUAUGGCAUAUCAGUAUUCAAUUUCAUGUAGAUCAUAAUAAUCUUGACCAAAAAAAUGAUUAUAUUAUAACAGUUGUGUUAUUAGGAUCCAAAUGAGACAUUUAUACAUUAGAUUUUAAUGUUCUGUUAAUCAGCGUUUUAUUGUACUCCCAAUUGGUAUUCAAAGUAGUUUUUAAAGUAUGUCUGCUCUUUUUUUUUUGUAUUACCGUUGAAGCAUUGUCAUUUUAAGGAAAUAAUAAUGUUUAUUUUACAAGACCUUCAAAGGAAAAUUGCAUAAAAAGAUAAUUUCAGUUCAUAUUUUCAGCUAUAAGUUGUCGCAUUUCUGCAGUGUGUAUAUACGAUAUGACAUUGUAAUUUUAUAUGGUAUAAUUAUGUUUGUACAAAGUGGUGGAUGUCGUAGAUAAGUUUUUUUUAACUGUUUUACUUAAAAUAUCUAAAAUGAUCAUCGGGAAAUGUGCAAAUUGGAAUGAUGGUGGAUUUCGUAUAUAGAUAUUUCUUUAAGAUUACAGUAGUGACAUAAUCUUGAUAUCGAGUUUUUGUUUUACUUAUAUACGUGUAAAAAUGUUCUAAACUCUAAUGGGGAGAUGAUAUUCCUAAGUUUACGUUGUCAGAAUGAAAAUAUUAAUUUCAUUCACUUUCUGUCGAGUUUUCCCAUGAGCCAUACCAAGAGAUCUUGCAUACGUGAAUAUAUAAAUGUCAGAACCGAGGCCCUUUACACAAAGCUUAGUGUUUGAUCGUAUAAAAUGUGUACGACUGAUUGAAAAUAAUCAAUAAAAACGUAAAAUCUGCUCUGCGUUUGAUCAUUAAUUUUUGCACUCCAAGUUCCAGUAGUUUUUAACUCUUAAGAAAUGAUGACGUAAAGACAAAAGUAAUGUGUCUUCCAUUUAUAAUUUUAUGUCUUUUAAAGUUAAAGAAAUGAGUGUCAUAAUAAACUCCUGAUUGAUA